CUUAGCUUUGCGUGCGUGCGUGCGUGCUUGUUUUUACUGUUUGGGUAUUUUUGUUGCUUAAGAUGUUGUAGUUCGUUUCAUUUUCACUUUCUCCACUUGCAGCUGAUUUAGCAGGAAAUGCACGGGGGCACAGAGCCUGCUCGUUGUUUGAAAUCCUAAAGUCGGGCCAAGUUCUGAAAGGUCAUAAAACUUCACCGAACGUGAGGGGAUCGGCAGCUAAUGGCUGCAAAAAGUCUUCUCGUGCAGGUCCGUGGGCUCCCUGAUAAUUUCGAGGCAGUGGAGUCGAAGUUACAGUUGUAUUUUAUGAAUAAGAGGAAAUCGGGAGGUGAAGUAUUGGAGAUUAGAAGGCACCCCACGGACAACCGAAAAGCUCUGCUGGUGUAUCAGGAUGAGAUAGGAAGAAAUAAAGUGCUGUCCAAAGAAGCUCAUCAUGUAGACUUUAAACAGUUUGGAACUGUGCAACUCUUUGUUGAAUGUUUUAUAAAUGAAGAUGCAAAUCCAGAACGUGGUGAAAAGGAAAUUGGUUCAUCAACAAGCAAGGAGAGUAGUGAUAUGGAUGACGUUGUUGACCUCACAGAAGAUUCGCUGUUUUUGUUGUGCCGCACUGAUUCUGAAUCAUUUAAUGAUGAAAUCCUCAAGCUGCACUUUGAACAGUUCUGUGAAGAGCUUCAUAUUCAAAGAGAGGAUACAAACAAAUGGAUACUCAAAUGUGCCAACCAAGACGAUCGGGAGAAGAUCCUUUCUUGCAAAGCGCACAAAAUUGGAGAAAUACAUGUUUUUGUUGAGCUGCUCAAUAAUAAAGCACACCGAGGAAAAUGUGACCCCAGAAGGUUCAUUGUGACAGGAUUUAGUCUAGACUGCAAGAUCAGCCAUAUUGAAGUCUACCUCAAAAGCUGCAGUCAUGGUGCAGACCUCUGCUUUGACAUUGUGGAUAAAGGACAUAAAUUAAUAGUAACAUUUAAAGAGGAUAUCGACCGAGAAGCCUUUAUUAAGAAAUGUUCCAAGAAGACGUUCCUCAACAAAGAGAUCUCAGUUUUUCCUCUGCAGUACUCCAACUCUGUAUUGGUUCUGGGAGAUGUUGACCAAAUCCAGUUGGACGAGGUGAAGCUCUACUUUUCAGAUACUAAGAGAAGCAAGGGCGGUGCAAUAAAGACAGCGGCGCCUGAUCACAAAUCUGGUGGUGUUGUUCUAACGUUUGAAGAUCAUCACGCUGCUCAGCAAGUGGCUGGACAAACACAUGAACUGCAUGGCACUUCUUUCCAGGUCUACCUCUACUAUGAGUCUUUCCAGCAGCCAUUAACAGGAAAAACACAUCUGUCAAACCUUCCCAGAAAUGUACAUAUCCCAGUGGAACCUGUUCUUUUGGAUUAUAUUUUGCACAAAAAGAAAAUCAGGGAAGAGUUGGAGGAGAGUCUACAGCAUAUUUAUUGCAAAGUCAUCUUUGAUGAAUUGCCGGAUGAAUGCAAUAUCAUUCUACAAAGCUCUUUUGACCAGGACACGCUGCUGGCUUACAAUGUGGCUGACAACUGGAAAGAAGAUGUUAGCACAAUGGUGCAAUCAUUUCUGAAGAGAUAUCCUACUCAGGUGUUUACAGUCGACAGAGACAUAUGGGAAGAGGUUCAGGCUAAGUGCCUAGCUUUCAACUUCUCUGAUCUGAGUAUUUACUGUAAACAGUCUGCUAACCAAGUUGUUGUUGUCGGGGAAGAAAAUCAGUUAGCUCGUGGAAGAGAUGCAAUAAGUAAUGUAAUAAAAACUGUCCAAGAGGAGUUUGAGGACAAAAGAAAUGCUAUUGAGGAAAAGAUUGUUUUAAAUAAUUCAGAUGAGCUUGCAUUCUUAUUAAACUUCGUCUAUGAGCAUCUUGGAGAGGUUGAGAGCAAAAUUGACGAGAUUGCUUUAGCAAUAAUUAUUAAAGGACACCGAACAAAAGUUGAAAAAGCUAAAAAAGCCAUUGAGAUGACCCAGUCUGCUUUGUGCACUAAGAGCUUAGAUUUCUCACCUAAUACUGAGGCUGUUUUAAGAUCAAUUGAUUUGGAAUUAUUCAAAUUUAACUAUUUCUUUAAGAAUAGCAUUAAGGCUACAGUUCUGCUGGUCAAAGAUGUCAAAAUCAUGGCUGUCCAGGAAGACUUACCGAAAGCAGUUGAUCUUAUUAAUGAUCUUUUUAGCAGUGAAGUGAUUACGCUGUCAUCUGAUCAAGAGAAACUGACCGAGGAAGAAGACUGGAAAGAGUUUUUUAGUGAUCUUGAAAAAGAAAUGGACUCCAAUAGUGCAGAACGCAGGAUUAGUAUUACAUUCUGUCCUCCAGAAAUAAGGCUAGGUGGCUUCUCAAAUGCCGUCACAGAUGCUGCAAAGAAGCUGCGAGGUUAUCUUGACAAUAAAAGGCCUGUCACUGAGAUCAUUCCUCUAAAGUAUAUACGUGCAGUUGAAUUUGUAGAGAAUUGCAUAAAACUCACCAAUAUUCCAGAAAUUAUGGCUAUGGAUGUCAGCAUAUUGUUCAGCAGAAAUAUGACCUUUCCAUGUCUUAAAGUGAGUGGCGUUCCGAACGUCCUAAAGAAUGCUGUGGCGCUGGUUAAAUCUCACAUUGAUGGCAUUGUGUCAGAAACGUACACGUACGACAAAGCAGGAGAAUCAAAAGUCCUUGAAAAGCACCGUGUUUCCCUCCAGGCUCAGGCAAAAGACCUAGGCUGCAUGCUAUGGCUGAACUGUUCAACAGAUGCAAGCAAAAUGUCACAUGUUUGUUCGCAAAUCUGGAAUUCUUUCCAUUUUCAGAUCAUACAAGGUGACAUAAGAAAACAAAAUGCUGAUGCUUUAGUGUGUCCUUUAAAUGGCAAUUUGACUUUUGACAACCCUUUGGCUAUGGAUCUUCAUACUUCAGGUGGAGAUGAAAUUAAGCAAGCAUGUGAGGAGUUACUCAAAACUAAAAAGGUCAUAGAAGUGGGCACGGUGAUUCUAUCUAACCCAGGAAAGCUGCCUUUUCAAAAACUUCUCUUUGCUGUGACACCAAUAUGGGGAAAGUGCAAUUAUGACUUUAGGGGAAAACGCAAAGAGGAAAUCUACCUGCAGGCUUUAGUUCAGCAGUGCUUGAAAACUGCAGAAGAGGAGAAAUGUGCUUCAGUUGCACUGCCUGUGCUCGGACACGGACAAUUUGGCUUUCAGCUCGACUGCAGUGCUAGAGUUUUAACAGAGGCAAUUAAGGAGUAUUGUGAAAGUCAGCAGAACACCUUCCACAACCUGAGGGAGAUCUUUGUAGUUGAUCCAGAUGUUGGGACGAUUGAAAAAUUCAACAGCAUGAUAAAUGAUGUGGUCAGUAAAAAAGAAGCCAACAAAGUUCAAGACGGCACUAGAGAUCAGUCUGCAGCAGUUGCAGCUACGCCAUGCCCAACAAUCAGUGUAGCUGGGUUUCCAAUUAGCCUGACAAUUGGAGACAUCACAAAAGAAAAUGUGGACGCCAUUGUGAAUUCAACCAACAGCACACUAGAUCUUAAUUCAGGUGUUUCUGGAGCCAUCUUGAAAGCUGCUGGAAGUGCUGUUAAAGAUGAGUGCAAGACGCUGGGUGCUCAACCUGCUGAUGGGGUAGUUUGUACUGGUGGUGGAAACCUCAGCUGUAAGCACAUCAUCCAGAUGGUUGGCCCAACUACAGCAGCUGGAAUUACCUCAUCUGUGGAAAAGGUUCUGGAAGAGUGUGCAAAAAAGAACUUAACUAGCGUUUCCUUCCCAGCAAUUGGAACAGGUAAAGGGAACAUUGCACCUUUAGACUCCAUUAAGGCAUUUCUAAAGGCAGCGGAAAAUUAUUUUACAAAAUCGCCUUCCACAAGCCUUAAAUCUGUGGCAAUUGUUGCAUUUGAGCAAAACAUCUAUGACUCUUUUAAGGAAUAUUUUAGUCAACAAAUCCAGCAGUCAAGUGGGACAACCCAGGUAUCAGAUCCUCAGAACACCUCUGGACCUCCCACUGUGUCCAUUCCAGGCUGUCCUAUCAUCGCCAUUGAAGUGAAGAUCUGCAAUGUCACUGUGGCUGUAAAGAAAGGAGACCUCGCAUUGGAGACUGUCCAAGGGAUUGUCAACACAACCAACAAGACUUUCAACUCGACCAAAGGGGUAUCGGGAGCCAUCUUUAAAGCAGCCGGAAGCUCUAUUCAGGAUGAGUGUAAAAAACUCGGCAGUAAUGCAACAGUGGACUUUGUGCUGACCAGUGGCGGCUCACUCAAUUGUGACUUCAUCAUACAUUUAGCUGGGCCCAAAACCAUAAGUGAUGUGACGUCUAAAGUGGAAAAGGUGCUUCAGGAGUGUGAGAAGCAGCAAAUCUCGACACUGUCUGUUCCUGCCAUUGGGACAGGAGGAGGAACAUUAAAAGCCCAGAAUGUCAUUAAUGCCAUGCUACAAGGAUUUGAAAAUCAUUUAUCCAAACAGACCUCAUCGUUCCUCAAGCUAAUAUAUAUCGUUGUGGACAAGGACAACAUCUUGCAGGAUUUUGUGACUGGAAUAAAGCUGUGGAGUAUUACCCGAUUCCUUUUAAAGGAAAAUGUAAUGAAGAGCGCCACUGCCAGCAAUGACGAAGAUUCAAAGUCGGACACUGAAGAUGCAUCAAACACGUCCACCAAUAUCGAAAUAAAAAUCGGAACUGUAAAGUUGCAAGUAGAGGUGGGAGAUCUCACUUCUGAAAGUACGGAGGCAAUUGUGAACAGCACCAACACUACUUUGGACCUUUCAUCUGGAGUAUCCGGAGCAAUUCUGAAAGCGGCUGGGCAGUCUGUAGCAGAUGAGUGCAAGAGUUUAGGUGCUCAGUCAAAUGAUGGUGUGGUGAUUACCAAGCCAGGUAAUCUGACGGUGAAGCACAUAAUACACAUGGUAGGACAAACCAAUAUACCAGCUAUUGCCAAAUCAGUGGAAGCAGUUCUGAAACUGUGUGAAGAAAAGAAGAUUACAUCAGUCUCGUUUCCAGCCUUAGGAACAGGGGCAGGUAACCUUCUCGCAUCUGAUGUUGCCACUGCCAUGAUUGAUGCGAUUCGUAACUACAGCACAUGCCACAAGAAUCCUUCAGUCAGGCUGGUUCGCGUUGUGAUAUUUCAGCAGAAGAUGAUGCUCGAUUUUGAGGCAGCUGUAAAGAAAUUUAAAAGAAUUGUUGCCGGGAUUAAAGGACAGGCAGAUGGCAUCUCCAAAAGAACACCCGAGAACGUGCCCACUAGGUACCGUCUCAAGUCUUUUCCUAUCACCACUGUUGAAGUAUAUGGUCGUAAUAAAGAUGACCUCUCAAAGGUAAGGAAAUGCAUUGAUGACCUGAUCAGGGAGGAGUGCUGCACCAACACCUUUGAUUCCGAAUACAUUCGCCAUUUACUGGGCAACGAACAACAAGAGAUAUUGACCAUGAGUGAGACAAAGCAAAUUGAAGUUGAUAUUCAGGCAAGCAAAAUAUCCGUCACUGGGAAGCGGGAUGAUGUGCUAGAGGCUGUUGUAACAAUCAAUAAAUUCCUUCAAAAUGCAAAAGAGAGAGAAGCCAGAAAACAGGAAGAAGAAAGAAUACAGAAAAUUGUCCAAUGGGAAACUGUUGGCAAGAAGGAGAAAGUAGUGGAAUCGAGCAUCAACUAUGACUUGGAGCUGGCCUACCAAAAAAAGGAGAAAUCCUUCACUUAUGAGAGAAAAAGAAAAUAUUACAAUGUGGAUCUGGAGAAGAUGAUACAGACAAAUGCAAAGGGAAGAGUGAAGAGAAUUCGACGAGUGCCUCUGACCGAUCCUGACACAGCAUUAAUUGAACUUCCAGAAAUGUGGACAGACAAACAGAAUCCUUUCAGUAUAGUGGUGCUACCCACAGACUCGGAGGAAUACAAAAAUAUCUGCAAAGAAUUUAUGAAGUCAUGCCAGUAUUUUAUGACAAAAAGCAAAAGAAUCGUUCAAGUGGUUCAGAUUGAAAGAAUCCAGAACAGAGACCAAUGGGAGAAGUAUGCCGUGAAGAAAAAGGCAGUGGACAGGAAGUACCCCAAUGAUCAGAAUGAAUGCAUUCUGUACCAUGGAACCACCAAAGAAAUUUGCCAGAAAAUUAAUAAAAAUGGUUUUAAUAGAAGUUUCUGUGGAAGAAAUGCUACUAAAUUUGGACAAGGGACCUACUUUGCUAAGGAAGCGUGGUACUCUUGUGAGGAUCAAUAUUCAAAUCCAGACGAGAAUGGACUCAAAUACAUCUACAGAGCUCGUGUCAUCAAAGGGAAGGCUUGUCAGGGUUCUUCUCACCUAAAAGAGCCAAGUCCUGUGAAUCCUGGGAAUCCAAACUCGGACCUCUGUGACUGCGCUGUGGACAAUCUAAAUAACCCUUUCAUAUUUGUCAUAUUUUGUGAUUUUGGAGCAUACCCAGAUUACCUGCUCACUUUUAAAACUCUGUAAGCUGAGCCUCCUGCUGCUCAUUGUAGCUCUUCUAAAUACAUCAUGAAAGGUAACAAACAGUUUCUAGUAAAGAAUCUCCUUUGUUAAUAAAUCACACAGAAAACACCCAAGCUAUGAAAUGUAAGGGACAUGGCAUCAAGGCAUUAAUUGCUAAAAUGUAAAUUGUACUACUGCCAAAUAAACAACAAAAAAAAGGGGAAUUGCUGGGAACGCUGUUCAUAGCGCAAAAUAAAAUGUCUCCAAAUGAA